AUGACUGACCACGGGGAUUUCAAGCCGCUAUGGAGGCUUCUGGUCAGGGCCAUCCAGAACCUUGACCCCUUUCCAUUUGAGGGCUUUACCGAUGAGUUGCACAACAAAGCAAAAUACGAUCAUCUCGUGCGAGGCAUGUUUGAUGAUAUACCUGUCUCUCCACAGUUCCCACCCGAUGAUCCAGAAUGGCACGAAGCCAAACUUGCUGGUCUUUCUGCGGCGUCACAGCUCCACCGACUGGCAAUUGCCUCAGUCAGUCACAGUGUCCUUUGUUUGAGUCCGAGCCUGGCAGAGCAUGAUAACAAGCACGUGAAGGAUCGCAUCGAUGCAACCGCGACAGGACUACGUUAUGUGACUGUCAGCGUCCUUCAUGAAUUGAGUUUACUUACUGGAUUCUUUGAUUUCGCAAAGGAGCAGAUGAUGUGUGAUCAAUUCAUUGACGCCUCUGUUGACUGGGACGAGGCCAAGGGAAACCACCACCUUUUCAGCAUUUCUGUACUCCUUAUGGCCGACUGGCUUCAGACUGAUCCUCAGACUAUACCUGGAUAUGGUCCAUACUACUGGGAGCGGGCUAGCUAUGAGUUUUUGAAAGUGUGGUCCCAACGGAUUCACGACACGCAAAUGAAGGGUGAUGCUCAGAAAGCAGACCAGCUUGUUCAAUGGCCUAUUCCUACUUUUGAUGUGAUGAAUGCAUUUUAUGAUUCAAUCAUUCAUUCCAGCGUGGGUGCAACGGCUAAAGACACGGAGUACAUCCAGGCGGUGACUGCCAGCUUAAAACGCCUGUCUGGUGCUGAGGACAUUGUAAACGACUGGAAAACAUAUAGCGAGACCCUGGAGGACACGUACAAGACACUGAAGACAAGCUUAUGGCAGCAGGCAGUUGACGCCACAUAUACAGACUUCAAAUGGUGUGCCUUGUAUGAAUGGGCUUAUGAUUCUUGGGAAUCCGAAAAGUACUUAUACCAAGAAAAUCACUACGAGCUAGUCUUCAUGAGCGAGCCACACUCUCGCCCUGAGGAUUGCGGCCAGCUAGAUUCUGCGGUUGUCGAACCACCUGCUUUCACCACGCCGAUUGGGUACGGUAGUGACGAGGAUGGUAGUGAGCAAGAGGAAGACGAGGAAUUUUGUUUACCUGGAGUUUUAGACUCGCAGCAGAGGCAGAGAGCAUACAAACCAACAUCCGAGCAAUGCGUAACACUGAUUGGCUUUAACAAGGGGAACCUCUUUGCCGUAUCAUCACAAGCAUUUCAUACCACAUCGGGGCUUCGCGCGGUUGACUCGAAGGCUGCCCAAGCCCAUAAUCCCUAUGAGGAUAUUGGUAGGCUUGCUGUGGGCCAUGUUGUAUUUUGUUGGAGUUAUAGCAGCCGCCGAUAUGAGCAUGUUGGGAUCACUUCCAUCGAACAAGCGUCCAGUUCGGUGAAGAAUCUCGAGAUAGUUCCCAGUCACGGAUUUCUUCAAUCGUGCCAAGCCAGUGCCUUCCUUAUCCCUCAGAACUCUCCACAUGGUACGCUCAAGUCUGUUAAAGACCUAAUCAAAACCAUUCCGACGAAUGAGCGAAUGGCCCAUCUGAGAAGCUUCCCGGAGAUGAAGACCUUUUUCGUCACCCACGACAUAUUCGCUCUCCAAAAGAGGCUCGACAUUGAAUUGUUUGGUGAACCCUCUCCCCCCGGCGAGGAGGAAUUGCGCUCAGGAAAGGAGUUGCACGACUGUUCUCCAUAUCUGACGGUGUGUGGUAGACGGACAUCAGCUAGGAACGGCAUUCCCCUCGACAGGCUGCAGACGCAUUACUAUCUUAGUGCCGACUCAUCAGAAUGCCCGCUUCCAUCGGCAUACCAGUUGCCGGAAUUGACUAUUGUCGAUUUACCACACGUGCAACAAUUUGAGCAUGGUCUACUUCAAAUCCACGCAGACGGAACCAGAGGAGCAGGGGUCGUUUAUCUGGCCCCUGAAUGCAACCCCUCCAAGCUUGUGCGCGAGUCGUUUUAUCCUUUCCAUGCUACUGUGCAUAAGCAUGCCCUUAAGACCGGCUUCAACCCCAGCUCUACAAUCAAGACUACAUUUGAUCAAGAUCCAUGGCCUGCGGACACUGAAUUUCACCAAACCACGAAGCAAAUGAGUGGAGUAGACAUUGAGUAUGAAAAGUACCUCACCGAAGAAGGUUACGAGGUCUCUACUGUCCGGAUUCCCCUCCUCGAUAAACUCCAACAAGGACUGAACAGCAAAUUCAACAAAAGCAUAGAGCCCCUCUACCGUGCCACUUGUACGACCACGAAAGACGCCAUCCGAGCGACCGUCCAGUUCCACAAAGCACCACUCAUCCCAUUCAUCUCCAGCGCUGGUCUGAAUGUCAAUGUCUUCGAUGUGGAUUUCUCUUCAAAGAUUGGCGUGGACCUCACCUUGCCCGUGAUUUUCCAAGAAAUGGUUGUAGACAUCGACAAUUUCUUUGGUGAUACCACAGGCGCAUUUUACGAAUAUGAUCCUCAGGUGCGUGCGGCGAAAGGGACAAGGCAUAUUGUUGUUGGCGAAGAGAGUGACAGUUCUUCUCGCCGUGUGUUUUUCGACUCCCUUCGAGCUAAGGUCUCUCGUGCCUUGGCGGAAUAUUCCCAUCCUGGACGCGCAAACAAGAUGAAUGGGAUACCUGAACGCAAGCUUGCGGAGAUCACUAAGAGGCUUUUAGGGGAAACGGAUCCCGACAUUAGUGAUCUCAUCAAUCUGGUCUGUUACGAAGACCAAGAAAUUCAUGAUGCAUCCCAAUCCAUUAUCAACGACAUGAUGUUCUACCAAAUGGACGAUGGGAAUCGAGAGGACUUCACAACCCAAGGCAAACCCACAUCCUUGCCUUACUCGCUGGCUGAUGGACUGUCACAAGAACUCAAAGAUUUUCUGCAUGACAAAUACGCCCCAGCCUAUCUGUGCCGCUCAGUAGUCAUGACUGAAAAGUACGAGACCAAGUUUACGGACAAAGAACGAAAGAAGCUCUGGUACUGGUGGGAGGGCAAUGGCGAUAAAUGCCUUGCCAAAUCGAAGGAAUAUACUGAUAUCAAUAGCCUCACCACCAUAGAGGCCAUGAAGCAGUCACAUCGAUCGGUACUUAGUAAGUUCCGUAACGAUGAUCCCAAAUAUUGGGCGGAUAAGAAGGCCACAACUCUGCAAAGAGAGCCGGUUAUGGACCAUGUCAUGGCGAAUCUGAUCCGCGAGAAGCAGAAUGUGAUCAACAAACAAUGUUGUAUUAUGAACACACUUUCACCGAUAAGUAAAGUUGCAGACCAGUGGUUCCAGAACAUGGUGCUGUACUCGCACAAAAUUGGUCUUGAGCAUCCAUUCACUGGUCGAAACGAAGCAAUUGCCGAGAAAUGGCUUCAAGAGUCACUUCAAAGCCUCAUUUCGAAGACAAUACAACGUGAUGGUGGUAUCGAGAGUGCCGUUGCAGCAGAGCUCUUGGAUGAUGUUCAAGGCUUUGAAGAGGCAAACGACCUCGACCAAGGGAAGUCAGCAGAAGAAAGAGCCACACAGAUGGUGAAGGUUAUGUCACCAGUCAUAAAUGAGGCUAAGACCUGGUUCAGUGCGUGGGAAAAGAUUUCCGACAAAGUGGGCACCACGAUCAAUGGGUCUAAGCUUCUGAAAGGACUUUUCACUUCGUCGAUGGCGGCCUUCUUCGUAGGCCUCAGUCUAUGGAAGAUGAGUGGCCUGAUUAGCGAUUGGGAUUCGCUUUCGGACUUCAGCCGCGCGCAGGUAGCUCUAGAGACAUUGAAAGUUGCAACGAAAGGAGUCGGAAAUGCUAUCGAUGCAUGGAAGGUCUGGAAAGGCAGAACUGCCUCGGUAGAUCUGGACCAGCUAGACAUCGCACUCAUGGACCAAGGCACCGAUAAAGGGGUGCCCGUUGAAGGAUCAGGGGGAGGGAAAUGGAACGAGCCUGUUAAUGAGACGCCCGACGAUCUCCCCCCAGCAGCUGCAAGUACGGCCGAGGAGCUCAGUCUUACCGGCAAGAUACUCAAGGGGGUCAAUGCUUUCCUUGGCCUCGGAGCUGCAAUUGCAAUGGCCUUUAGUCUAAUCAACGACUGGGGGAGCAUGAGCACGGUUGACAAGAUCCUCAACAUGUUGUCUCUUGUUGUUACAACCCUGACGGUUGUUUUGGAUCUCGCCGAGCUCAGCGCCACUGUCGGUCUUUUCGCAUUGACAACUAUUCCCGUUUUAGGGCAGGUUCUGACAGUUAUUGGUGUUCUUCUCGCAAUCGUCAGCUUUUUCAUUCACCUCUUCUGGCCGCCAGAUCCGCCGCCGCCAGAUCCAAUAGCUACAUUUAUUGGUAAAACGGGCCAACCACUGAUCGCCUCGUUUGACGAUGCUCAAGACCUGCAGCUGUCAUACGAUAUCAACACAGACAAUGUAUCCCCGGGAUCGACUGCGAGCAUCACAGUGAGUGCCCGGAACGACACGAGCAAGGAUAUCAGCAUGAGCAACAUCACCGUUCGGAUCCUCACCGGCGAUAGCAGCAACUGUCUUUUUAGUGAUGCUAACGAGCUCUUCCUGGUCCAGGACACCGAAUCGGACAAAGAUAAGCCGGGUCAUGUUUAUAUCACGCCUGCGAGCAACGGGGAUGGCACACUGCCUCAUUCAGACCGGAUCGGUACCGAUCAUUACUACCACCAGCAAAAUUUGAAGAUCGCCGGUGCCAAGGAAACGUACGACAAUGCGCUGGGAAAGUUUGUCUUGAAAUCUGGCCAGAGCAUCAAGGCGGUAUGGACGGCCACCGUGUACGGGGAGAAGGGUAGCAGCCUGAUUGACGCUGUGGAAAACUGGGGAGACAAUAAAAGCCACAAGGAGUUCCGGGUUCAUAGGGAAGAGGGAGAUAGUUCGGCACACAGCUGGGUGCCCAGACUGAGUUUCUGUACUGGUUCUUGAAUUUGUCUGCCGCCUUGAUUGCCAUGGUAAUCCAAAUUGGACCGUCUUCUUCCUUGUUAUGAUAAUCCAAAUUGAACCAGUGAUUUUGACGAAUGUCAGACUGAACCCAUAAGACUCCCGGGGCCGGUUCGGCAUUGCUAUUUGACCUAUAGCCCUGUUAGAUACCGAAAUCCCAGGGGUAGUGCCUCCAGGGGCUCGUCGAAUAAGCAUUUGCGGUGCUCACCUGCAGGCCCUGCAGGAACAGGGGGUUGGGGAAUCAGCCGAGAUACGGAGUAGAUUCACCCAGACCGUUGCUGUGUAACCCGCGGCGAAUUAUUGAUAGGACAGAAUAAUGCAUUGAUGCGAGGUUGUACGAGCUCUAGUAUCUGUGGAACUGUGGUUAUUGGUAUGUAUGAAGGGAGUCGUAUGUAUAGUUCCAAGCUCCAUGGAGGAGGUGAUCAGCUGCGCUGAUCAUAGUCUCAGAUGAUGGGCAAUAUUGGUAGAACGCAUGUGAG